UUCGGACUUCUUUUUGUCUGAAUCAAAGUGAACGGGCGACUCGAGGAGGCGCAGUAGCCUGUAGUGUGUUGUCUUUGCGCACAUUGGAGAAAAGGUUCGAGCGCGCCUCGUCUUCCGCGCAAGAGGAGCGACAGUCACAGACAGACUGCAGCCUUGUAAUACAGGAGAUUUAAAUUAAGCAGCGGAUAAUAGCAGCAUCCGCGCGAGGGACGCGACUGUUUAGUGUCUUGGGUUGGCAGAAGGGGGGGACGGGAGGAGGAGGAGCGGAGAAUGAGCUAUUCUUGUACCAGCAGAGGCAACAGCCAGGACGCAGCGAGCGCCAAGAAAGCAGCCGGUGGCGGGACUCAUCCAUCCACUGGCACUGACGCGGAGGCAGGCGGCAAGAACGGCACCAAGAGCGGCAGUCCCAAGGAGAAAGCAGCAGCCGGGAUGAAAGUCAAGAAAGGCUCAGUAGACGUGGUGGGGGUCCCGGUGACCACAGAGGAGGAGCUGCUCACGAGCACCGGGAUCACACCGGAGGACGUGCUGGGCUUACAGAAAAUCACCGAGAAUUACCUGUGCAGUCCGGAUGAAAACGUCUACAACAUCGACUUCACCAGAUUCAAGAUCAGAGACAUGGAGACCGGCACUGUGCUGUUUGAGAUCACCAAACCUCCAUCAACAGAUAAAGCAGGAGAGAAGAGGGACAUCGACCCUAAUGCUGGGAGGUUUGUGCGAUACCAGUUCACUCCAGCUUUUCUACGACUCAGACAAGUUGGUGCCACAGUUGAGUUCACCGUUGGAGACCUGCCCAUUGAAAACUUCCGGAUGAUCGAGAGGCAUUAUUUCAGGGAGAAGCUGCUGAAGAGUUUUGAUUUUGAGUUUGGGUUUUGUAUGCCCAACAGCAAGAACACCUGCGAACAUAUCUACGAGUUUCCCCCACUGUCAGAUGACACCAUUCGAGAGAUGGUCUUGCACCCGUACGACACUCAGUCCGACAGUUUCUACUUUGUGAACAAUAAACUGGUGAUGCACAACAAGGCAGACUACUCCUACAACGGCGGUACAUAGAGAAACAUACAGAGAAUACAAACUGAAGCAGGUUUGGACUUUUGGACCAGUUCACCAUGCGACCCAGGGCCUCCAAAUAUCUCCACUCUGGCCUGGUCUGUGGUGUGUGUUUUAAACCAGCAGUUAAAUUGCUCUUUCGCCACGUCAAGAAGUCAAAAUAAUGAUAGAAGAUAUUUUUUUCAUUCCUGUAAAUGUCUUGAAAAAAACAUUUAUAUAAUUAAAGGUGUAUUUUGUGACUUUUCUGAUGACGGGUGCACUGCUACCUCAUUGUCUCCUCGGAGCUUUCUUGCUUUUCUUGAAGUGUUCCACAGUAACUUAUCAAGAUAGCAUUAAUUUAAUUCAUUCGUUCAUUUUAUGGCUCAAAAAUACCUUGAAAAACACUGCAAGUGGGGUCACCUCUCCCCAGAUCUGACCUGUAUCUGUGUCACUUGCUUGUCUAGAUUAGUUUAAUUCUGAACUGUGGAACAUUCCAGGCAGAGCAAUAACAUCCCCAUGGACACAAGCAAGUAGUGAACCCUCCACCACAAAAGUUGCGUAGUUCACCUUUAAAGGGACUAUAUAUAGGUUUGGUGGUUUAAAAAAACAUAAUAUUACAGUCUAACUACUACUGCUAAACCCCCUCCCAGCACAACGCAGUAUGUGAUUUCACUGUUAAUACUUCCUCAGGGAAACAUCAGUUUAAACCAAUGAGAAGCUUACAGUUAAAUAAAGAUUAGACGAUAUCUGAUCUGAUCCCUGUUACAGUAUGAUAUUUCAGUUAUUUCGUCUUUCUCUCUCUCUCUUAGUUACCUUUUAAAAAUACAUAAAGAAUCAAAACAAAAUUGGGAUCGAGGCUCUAUCAGUCCUAAUAUCCAUGUUCAUAGCAGCCCCAAUGCGAUUUAAUUGAAAAACCUACAUUUGUAAUCACAUGAGUCUAGCUGUGAAUAGAAGAAUAAAAAGGAAUUUUGAUGUUUUUGUUUUAGAUUGCAAUUAUCUGGCCCCACAAAUUUAUAAAUUGUUUGAUAAAGUUGUUUUGAAUUCAAAUGUUAAAUGGUUAAAUAUGCACAUAGGAAGCAAAAAUCACAAUUCUAUUACAACCCUGUUAUUUCUGACAUAAAAUUUAGAAACUUGCUAUAUAUAUUCGAUAUCAAUAUGACCCAUGAUUCAUAACGGUCAGGAGGGCUGGACCCAUCAGCAGGAUUAGCUACUGUACAUGUUUUAAGUUGGGUUGAAUUUUAAAUAUGCACAAUUAAAAUAUGACUGACUAUAAUGAAAAAGUUCCAUUAAGGGUCAAAAACUGCAAGUCAAAAUAUUAAUAUUAUAAUUGUAUAUCUUGUACUGCAUACAGUACUUACAUUACUACAUAUAGUCCCUUUAAAACUAUCUUCUGUUUGUCUGUCUGAAGCAUGUUUCAACUCUGGUUCAUCGACUCUUUGGCAGUUCACAGUAGUUUACAAUAAUAAAAUAAACUCUGAAACCUAUAGCACCUUUUGUAGAAACCACCAUAGAAAUAUUAGUGUUUAUACUUCCUGUUUCUGAUAAUUUAGCAGUGACUUCUUCUGUCAUGUGUCUUGUAUCCCCUGUAGUUUUAGCUCAGAGCGUGUUAUGUGUGUACCACCCCCUUACUAUUAUUACUUUAGAUUUAUUUAAUUUUAAAGGUAGUUGUAGAUACAAUUAUAAAAAGCUUGAAGUUGCACUAUUUGUGGAAGUAUAUUUUUGUUACUUAUGGAAAGGAUAUUACAGUAAUAAAGGUUCUUUACCAGUUGGAUCAUGGCAAGACAUGUUUAAAAGCAGUAAAAAGCACCGGUAGGUACUAUUUGAUAAUUGGCUCUGUGCACAAUGUUUUUUGCCAAGUGGAGCUAAAAUCACAAAAUCAUGAUAAAUCAGGCAGUGGACAGGGAGCUGCAGGGGGAUGUCACUGACAACCUGUUAAACACUUUACAAAUGUGAGGAAAACUUCACCAGAGGACACUUGUGUGUUUACAAAGGUACAUCUUUGUGUGUCGGGGCUAAUGCUAAUUUUGGCUGCCUAAUAAAUAUUUAAAUAAUACCAAUGACUGAAAUAAUCUACACCUAAAAAUUGUUGGACUGUCCUUACAACAAAUAUUAUUUCGUUGUUAUGUUGCAUUUAAUGUUUUCAUAAAAGUUAGCAUUAAUAUUGACAUACGUUUCAAAAAAUAGGAGUGUCCUCUGGUUAAGGUUUCCUGUCCCCUUGAUUGGGACUUGUCGGCUACAGUUGGAGCCGAUUGUAAGGAGUUAAUUUUCACACUAAACAAAAUUAGGGCUAGUUUAUUUUAUGUAAAUCUGACAACUUUUGUAUUUCAAGAUGGAUCAUCUGUUGGAGAAGAAAUAUUUCACUUGAUUAUAAUGUGUCAGACAUAUUUUAAGCAUGUAAAAAAAUAAUAAUAAUUCUAAACAAAAUAUUUAAAUCAAAGCUGAUGCUGUUUGAGUCAUUUUAACUUGCAUGAAUUAUGUGCAUUGUAAAACAUUGCAGUAAGUGAGGACCUGACUGCGCUGCUUUGCUUCAUUUUACUUUAAUCACAAAAUCCAGGCUUCGAUAACCCCAUUCAUACUGCUGAAUCACAAAUGACCAAUAUCUGCAUUAAAAUGAGUCAUAUCUGCAUUAGGUCAAAUGAAAUGAGCUUGUGAUAAUAAUCAUUUUCAUUUAACUUUCAUUGAACAUUUUCACUUGAUAUUUUAAUAUGUUUAUUUAUUCUUUAAUUAUCUACUUUGAAGAAGAUUUUACAUAUUCACCAGCAAAUCCAAAACACUAGAUUAAAAAAGUCUAAUCAAGAUUAUUACUGUAUUGUGGAAUAUUUGAACUGUUAAAUUAUAUAUUUUUGCUGUGUUUUUUGCAAAGAUUCAAAGCAAUGGUAUUAUGGACAUAAGAACCACAAAACAGAAAGGGGAUCCUGCAUACUGUGCCUUGAAAUCACCUCACGCAAGUUCAGAAGCAAAGGUUAAUGGUCAUACAGGCAGUUAGAGAAAUUAUAAAUUGAAUACUUUAUUUCAAUAAUUUGGUCAACAUAGUUGUAACUUAUGUCAUAACUUAAGAGCUAACAUUGGUAAUAGGUUGUAAAUGCACAAAAUGAGACAUGAGGCAAAAAAGAUUGUUCUGAAUGUUUUUGAAAAGUGUAAAACAUUUUAAUGUAGAUGCAUUUAAAACUGUAUCAUAUUUGUUUCUGAAAAGUCAAACGUGGUGUGGCUGAAAUAAAGAUGUAUUGUACUUUUUC